GGCUGUGGCCAUGUGGUUCCUCCGGUUAGCCGUUUCGACACCACUAGAGGAGGCGACCGUUGCAGGGGUCCCCGCGGAGGCGGGCGCACGAGUGUCGUUGGUGGCUCGUCUUUCGAAUGCGAACUGUGGGUGGUAUGUGCAGCCCGUCGAUUUCGAUGACGCAAAACCGCCCACCUCCCACCACCCCGUGCUGGUCGUCUUCUGCGAGCCGCUAUAUUCGACUCCUCUGCUUCCACGCUUUGUCGUCAUCGAAAGUUGGCAGAUCUGUUUGUCGUGUUUUGCUGCAGGAGCGCAUGGCUGACAUGGUGAGGACGACAGCUCUGCUAAUUAUCCUUCUUGGGACGGUGGUGCUGUUCAUUGCUCUGCACGCGUGCCACCUGGCCAGUGCUCUCAUCCGACGUGGAAGGAGGAAGGGGUUGAAGAGGCUUCGACAGGGCGCUUCAACAACCAAAGGGAUGGGGGAUGAAUACAGUCGGGGUUGUCAGGGUUUCGGGAUGGGGAGGGGGGAGUACGGAGGAGGGAGUGGAAUGCAGCACAACGUCCACCACAGGUUUGAUCCAAAUCUGUAUUCGCAUCUCCCUCCUCACCAGCAGCCUUUGCCUGACGACACGACGUGGUCACCCCCUCCGUCGACAUUGGAUCUGGCAUGGGGGUCGACACAGAUGUCUUACGACGCACCAACGCGAGCAGAAAGCACGGGAGGGGGUGUUGGUCCCAUGUCCGCACUGUUGGGCGAAACCCGGGGCGGAGGCCGUCUUCCAUUCGAUUUGGAACUCUCACCGGCGACCACCAUGGACGUGUCUAGAACGGUCCUCGUCCAGCGGAGUGGACAUGGUGGCGGCAGCAGCACGCAGACAAUGCAUGUCACCGACCUUGACGAUGGGAUGUCAAUGCAUCGGCCGAACCACGUGUCGAGGCCUGCGCCGAGCCAGGCCAGACCUGCUGCCAGCGUGCUGUAUCACCAACCUAUGGCAGGCGCGGCCAUGCAGGAACGGAGGCCUGAUGUGGGCGGUGUUGCGGAAUCCCCUCGAUGCGUGGAGCGUAUUGUCUGCCGCUUCAAUAGCUUGCGGGCGACCAGCGAUGGUGAUGGAGCACGACCGGACGGUGGUGCCAGCGAGGCGGACCGCGUCGAUGUUGAAGACGACGAUGGUGACGACGAUGAGGAAGAUGAAACUUGACAAGGAAGCAGCCUCCAGCGGGACGAAAAAGCAAGCUUCCAAAGGUUGUGGGAAAGCGAAGGGAAAGGAUAAGGAAGGUGAUAGAAACGGCGAGGUGGCGGGAGCGGUGCGCGGGGGAACUGGAAUUUGAACGAGUCCCUCGUUCUUGUCCGGUGCAAGAGAGACCAAGAUGACUACUUUGCUAAUGCGGGAACCAACUUCGCUAGAAUGAAAAUCAAGGACCAGA